CUGAAAUGAUCAGUCGAAGACCGUGGUAUCGCCGUGGGGUUGCCCAAGGCCCUAGAACAAGGCCCUGGGGGUUGCCGAGGUCAUAAUCGAUGAUGGAAAGCCAAGAAGAGGAAGGUGGCAUAUCAGAGGGGCAGCUGAAAAUUGUUCUUGUUGGAGACUCAGGCUCUGGAAAAACGGCGCUAUGCUGCCGGUACACCCAGGACACGUUCAGCCCGGUACACUCGUACACGUCGGGCGUGGAGUUCUACCUGAAGCGGAUCCGCCUGACACAGGAACGCUCAGUGACCCUGCAGCUCUGGGAUGUCGGCGGCACCUCUCUCUCUGGGGGCAUGCUCGACAAAUAUUUGUACGGCGCCCACCUGGCGUUGUUUGUGUACGAUGUGAGCAACUACACGUCGUUUGAGAACCUGGAGACGUGGCUGAUGGCGGUCACGGAGGCGACACGCCACCAGAGCCGGCCGCUCCGCCGCAUCCUUAUCGCCAACAAAUCCGACCUGGAGCACAUCCGAGCGGUGCGCGUCGACAAGCACAAGAGCUUCGCGGCCGAGCAUGACAUGCUGGCCUUCCUGGUCUCUGCGCAGAGUGGCGAACACGUGGCCCAGGUGUUCCAGCACCUGGCGGCUGUGACGCUGGGCGCGCGCCUCACCCGGGCCGACAUGGAGCACGUGACGCCGGUGGUGCGCGCCCAGAUCGCCAAGCCGCGGCCCGAGACGGCGCUGCCCCGGCCGCCCACCGCCAGCAAGAUGCGCGUGUCGUCCGAGCUCUGCUGCCUGCAAUAGGCCGGCCGACUGGCGCCCCGGCGGGGGAGGUGGCCUGCUGGGCCGUGCGCGUGCUCCACUCCGUUCCGGGUCCCGCUGUUUCGCGGGAAGGCGUCGCGGUGCGGCGGCGGGGCGCGUCCCACCGAAACGUCGCGUCCAGGAGCAGAGGGGGCCGUUGCAGAAGGCCCAGGUUCCGCCGGCGACUGCUGCUCGCUGCAGCGAAGACCGCUACGACCGGGAAGGGCGCUCGCCGGCGGGUGUGUGUCCAGUGCGGAGGCCGGCCGGCGUCGUAACGUGUCCCGACGGUGGCGGUCACGUGCCACAGGUCACGGGUCGACAGCCGGCAGUCCGUGCCGGCUCUCGCGGCGUGGGUUUGGGAGACGGCCGGCUGGUGUGGGGCGAGGGGGAU